UUCUGGAUCUUCCCUGUCCCGCAGGUGCCUCGGAGCCACCAUGAGCAUCCCUCAGCUCCUGCUGUGCCUGUCUCUGUCCAUGCUCUGCAUCUCCUCCAAGCCCACGGAGAAGAAGGACCGAGUCCACCACGAGCCCCAGCUCAGCGACAAGGUCCAUGACGAUGCCCAGAGCUUCGACUAUGACCAUGAUGCCUUCCUGGGCGCUGAUGAGGCCAAGACCUUCGACCAGCUCACGCCGGAGGAGAGCAAGGAGAGGCUGGGAGUGAUUGUAGCUAAAAUAGACACGGAUAAGGAUGGGUUUGUGACCGAGGGGGAGCUCAAAGCCUGGAUUAAGAAGGCCCAGAAGAAAUACGUGUAUGACAGUGUGGAACGGCAGUGGCAGGAGUUUGACAUGAACCAAGAUGGAUUUAUCUCCUGGGAUGAGUACAGGAACGUGACGUAUGGCACGUACCUCGAUGACCCGGACCCUGACGAUGGCUUCAACUACAAGCAGAUGAUGGUGCGGGAUGAGCGGCGCUUCAAGCUGGCCGACAAGGAUGGGGACCUGACGGCCACCAAGGAAGAGUUCACGGCCUUCCUGCACCCCGAGGAGUACGACUACAUGAAGGACAUUGUUGUGCAGGAAACCAUGGAGGACAUAGACAAGAAUGGAGAUGGUUUCAUUGACCUGGAGGAGUACAUAGGUGACAUGUACAGCCACGACGGUGAUGCCGACGAACCCGAGUGGGUGAAAACGGAGCGGGAGCAGUUUGUGGAAUUCCGGGAUAAGAACCACGACGGCAGGAUGGACAAAGAGGAAACCAAAGACUGGAUCCUCCCUUCCGAUUACGACCACGCCGAGGCGGAAGCGCGGCACCUUGUCUACGAAUCCGACCAGAACAAGGAUGGCAAAUUGACCAAGGAGGAGAUCGUGGAGAAGUACGACCUGUUUGUGGGGAGCCAGGCCACGGACUUCGGGGAGGCCUUGGUGAGACACGACGAGUUCUGAGCCUGGAGCCAUUCCCACGUAAUUUAUUGCUUCCAAUUCCUGGGAUUGAUGGUCGGAAACAUUUGGGGGCUCCCGAGCCCGGUGGGGUCAGGCACUGAGGUGCAAUGUCGCCAACGAAACCCUCUCUUCCCGUCCUCUUUCCAUCUCCUCCUUCCUUCCCGAAGGGAUGGGGAGAUGCCGUUGGGAGACCCAACGCUUCUUAACGGCGCUUUUGGGGUUCAGUUGGGGGUUUUUGGGGGGUGUUUUUUUUAGAUUGACUCAUUCUCUGGUGGUUUGAGCCACGUUGUCUGGGUUUUAUACUAGGAGGGUUCCGUGUGACGUGAAGGAACUUCU